UCGACGCUGUGUGCCUCGGGAGGCCAGUGCACUGUGUUCUGCGGUGGAACCGUCUACAAUGGGGAGCGCAGGCGACGCCGACCAUCGCAUGCUCACCAUGGCGGAACGGACUGCGGUGACAUCGGCCGUCGCGGUCGUCCUUUUGCGAUGCCAGAUGGAAAGCGCGGGGGAGAGGAUGCGUUCGCGGCUCCGCGCAAGGGCCAGGAAGGCACUUCUUUCCGUGGCGACUGAAGGGGUGGAUGCCGCUGCCAUCUGGGAUGUCGUUCUCGAGGUGCGCUGCGCCCUGGGGUGGGGGGGGCUGCCCAGGGCUACCCCGCGAUGGUGGGUGAAGAGGAGGACGGGCGGUGUGUGGGAGGACCUUCGCCCAGCCGACGAUGCAGCGGAGGGGUACUUCCGUGACGAGCUGCACAUGUCGCCACGUGUCUUCUAUGAGAUUGUGGUGAACUUGUCGCCCAUUUUGCAGCGUUGUGUGACCUUUUACAGGGAGCCGUUGCAGCCAGACCAUAUCGUCGCCUAUGUGUUGUACAGAUGGGCCACCGACGAGACGUACAAGAGCAGCACAUGCAGUUUCGGCAUUGGCAGGGCUUCUGACAAGGGUUUCCCCAACUGCCACGGGUGCAUCGACUGCACUCACAUCUACGUUGACAAACCGGCGAACACGCCCGGUGAAGACUACAUGGACCGCAAACGUCGCUUCUCGGUGCAAGCCCAAGUCGUUGUCGACCUCGACCUCCGUGUUUUGGACGUCUUUGUGGGGUACCCUGGAAGCUGCCACGACAUUCGGAUCCUCCACCUCUCCAGUCUUUGGUCGCUCGCGCAGUCCGGGGAGCUGUUCACGGGGCUUCCUGUGAUGCUGCCAUUCCAAGUGCUAACAAACGGGUAUCCGCUCGGCGACAAUGGCUACCCGCCGAGUGAAUGGAUUGUCGUCCCGUACAGCGGCCUAGCAAAGUAUGCGUCGGAGUUCCGCUUCGACAACAAGCAGAAGACCGCGAGGGGGGCAGUGGAGAGGGCGUUCGGGAGGCUCAAGUGCAUGUGGCGGUUGUUCCUGCGGACGCAUAAGACGAACAUGGAUACGUUGCCGCAGCAGUUCGUUGCCGUGUGCAUUUUGCACAACAUCCUCAUCGACGUUGGCAUCCCUUUGGACGAGAACUUGCUUUGGGAAGUGGACGCCAACGGUGUUCGGCGUCGAGUGGAUCUGGGACUCCAUCGCCUCCCCCGCCCUCUGUGCAUGGAGACUUCGACGGGGGAGGCUAUGCUUCUGCGGGAUGCGCUGGCAGAGCGUAUGUUGGCGACUGGCAGUUUGGGAUGGCGGAGAUCCAUGGGGCCAGAGCGGGAUGUCCACACACGGCGGUGAUGGAGUGGAGGCGGUGCUUGAAGACGCCUAUGAUCCGGUCGUCCUCCACUUGUGUAGUAUCAUUUAGGGAGU